AUGUCUUAUGGUAACGGUGAAACUGGUGGGUACCCAAUGUAUCACCUUUGCAGUAGAGUUCAGUGUCCUGAUUCACAAGUGGAGAACCUGAAUGGACACAGGAAGUCUGCAAUCAUUUUGGAAGUAGGAACAAACUUAAACAGUAUGCAGUACUCUUCUGUGGCACUUGAUCCUGAUUCUUUGGUGACGAAUGGAUCAAAAAUCCCUCCAAACUCUGAAGAGGAACAUUCACAUAAUCCUGCUUUCCAGAUAAACAGUGAAUCUAUGACAGGGAGUGAGGUACGCCAGCCCUACACUACAAAAUGCUUUUCCAGCCCGUAUUUAACCAAAACUAGUAUGCAGGGAGAUGUGUACAACUUUCUGGAACGGCCCAGUGGAUGGAAGUGUUUCAUUUAUCACUUUACAGUAUUUCUAUUGGUGCUGGUUUGUUUAAUUUUCAGUGUUCUAUCCACUAUAGAAUACUAUGCAGAAUUUGCCACUGGGACACUUUUUUGGAUGGAAAUUGUCUUGGUGGUGUUUUUUGGUGCUGAAUAUAUGGUGAGGCUCUGGUCUGCAGGUUGCAGAAGCAAAUACGUUGGUAUUAAAGGAAGAAUACGUUUUGCUAGGAAGCCUAUAUCGAUAAUAGAUCUCAUUGUUGUGAUAGCUUCAAUUAUUGUUUUGAGUGUAGGAUCAAAUGGACAGGUGUUUGCCACAUCUGCAAUAAGGGGAAUCCGUUUUUUGCAGAUUCUUCGCAUGCUUCAUGUAGAUCGACAGGGUGGCACUUGGAGGCUGUUGGGAUCUGUUGUAUUCAUUCAUCGUCAGGAACUAAUAACUACACUGUAUAUUGGAUUCUUGGGACUGAUCUUCUCAUCAUACUUUGUGUACCUCGCUGAGAAGGAUGCAGUGGAUGAGGAGGGACAAACAGGGUUCUCUAGCUAUGCUGAUGCUCUCUGGUGGGGUGUGGUUACAGUCACAACUAUUGGCUAUGGUGAUAAAGUGCCUCAGACAUGGAUUGGCAAGACAAUAGCAUCCUGUUUCUCUGUGUUUGCCAUCUCCUUUUUUGCUCUUCCAGCAGGGAUCCUGGGUUCUGGCUUUGCACUUAAGGUACAACAGAAACAACGUCAGAAACAUUUCAAUAGGCAGAUACCUGCAGCAGCAUCUCUAAUUCAGACUCUGUGGAGGUGUUAUGCAGCAGAGAAGUCAUACAGCUCCACAGCAACAUGGAAGAUCUAUGUCACACCAGCUCAAAACACAAAGAGAACAGCAGCACCAUCUAGCCCUAAUUUCAGAAAACAGAGCAAAAGAAACAAGAGGAAAGGAAAACAUGGGCGUGAUAAUGGUUCCACACCUAUAAUAAAUCCAGGGGAGACAACUUUGCCUGCUCCACAAAUUGCUUAUGACCAUACUGAUGAACGAAAAGACAAGAAAGACAUGAGCUUCUACCUUGAUGAGCCUGGAGUAAAAAAACGUUUGGAAGGGAACAGCGGUGAAAUGUCAAGGGCCAACAGUUUCACAGAAGACAUUGACCUCAUUUCUGAAGAGGCACCUCUGCCUGCUGUGUCUGAUGUGUCACAGCUAACAGAAGCACACCGAACAGCUGUCAAAGUCAUAAGGAGAAUGCAGUAUUUUGUAGCCCGGAGGAAAUUUCAGCAAGCUCAGAAGCCUUAUGAUGUUCGUGAUGUAAUUGAACAAUACUCUCAAGGGCACCUCAAUAUGAUGGUUCGGAUAAAAGAACUCCAAAGAAGGUUGGAUCAUUCCUUGGGAAAGCCUGGCCUCUUUCUUCCAGAAAAGGGAGUUGACAAAGGGUACUAUACUGUAGGAGCCAGACUGAUCCGACUGGAAGAUAAGGUCACACAGAUCGACCAAAAGCUGAAUGACAUCCUGAAUGCUCUUCAGACUCACUUUGGCAAGCAGUCAACAGAGUGGACAUCAUCUUCAGCCACCCCUAGAGCUAGCCAGUUACGGCCUUCAUCAGGUUCUCCUCCAAUGAGCCUUAAGAUGUGA